AUAUUUCAUUAAUAGUUAUUUAAAAAUAUAAAGCAAACCCUUCGAUGCUCUUUCUUACAAGCAAAUAUUUUAAAUAUUAUAAGAAAAUUUUGCACAUUUUCAACUUGUAAUCCAGAGAUUAUCCAUAACCUAAUGUUUUGUUACUCAUUCUUUAUAAGAACUCAAGUAUAACGAUUCUUUAUUAUUUCCACGCGACAAAAAUAUUUCAAACUAAACAUUAAAAUAUUAAAAAUUUUAAAUAAUUAUAAAUGUGUUUGAAAAGGAGAUCCUAUCCUGAUGUAAUAAAUCAAUCAAAAAUAAAAAACCAUUCACAAGUAAAUCUUCGAAGAAAUUUACUUAUAUUACACAUCCUAAAAACAUCAGCAUCACUGUUUCACUUAUAAAUAUUAUUUUUAUGUAAUUUAUAAAAAUGGCCGAAGUUCCAUUGAGCUUAGGAGAAAAAACAUUUAUUCUUCAUGGAGUUGAUGCAAAUUUUAGAAAUGAUGGAAGAAAAAGAUAUGAAUAUCGAUCAUUCGAAAUUGAAACCAAUUUGAUGCAACAAACGCAUGGUUCAUCAAGAUUACGAAUAGGAAAUACUGACAUUUUAGUUGGUGUUAAAGUAGAAAUUGAUUCACCAUAUAUUGAUCGACCAUGUGAAGGAAAAUUAGAAUUUUUUGUAGAUUGUUCAGCCAAUGCUACCCCAGAAUUUGAAGGUAAAGGUGGAGAUGAUCUAGCAAUGGAAAUAAGUAACAUUUUAUCAUUAUCUUAUCAGACUCCAGGUGCAUUUAACUUAAAAGAUUUAUGUAUUUUACCAUAUAAAAAAUGUUGGAAAAUGUUUGUUGAUAUUUUGAUAUUACAAUGUGGAGGGAAUCUUUUUGAUGCUGUAGGUAUAGCUGUAAAAGCUGCUUUAUAUAGUACAGAAAUACCAAGAGUAACUGCUGCAUCUCUUGAUGGUGGAGAAGCAGAUAUACAAAUAUCAGAUGAUCCUUUUGAUUGUAUCAAAUUAGAUAUUACAAAUUAUCCAGUUAUUGUCACUUUGUGUAAAAUAGGAGAAAAUUGUGUAAUAGAUCCUACUUCAGAAGAAGAAAUGUGUAGUCCAGCAAGUACAAUUAUAUCUAUAAUGCCAAAUGGUAAUAUAACAUCAAUUGUCAAAAUAGGAUAUGGUAGUAUGCAAGAUACUAUAUUACUUAAAAUGCUAGAGAUGGGUAAAACUAUUGCACUUGCAUUAAAUGAUGCUCUUAUGAAUGCAUUAAAGAAGGAAACAGAACUUGGACCAACGAAACCUAUAGUUGGAUUUCUCAGAUAAAAAAUACAACAUACUAAUUUUGAUGUACAUAAAUUUUAAUGACAAUUGUACAAAUUAAAAAAAAAAAAAAAAAAAAAAAAAAAAAAA